ACUUCAGUUUCACUGUUAACCAAUCCAGCAAUAAGUAGAUCAAUCCCGUUUCCCAAUAAACAAUAACGAAAAAUCUAUGGUAGUGAGAUGGCUGCCACUAAGUUUUUUUGUUUUUUUCCUUGAUCAUGAUUUGGUGUAGCCUAAAAGUUCAUGUGAGCGUGCUUUUAUACAUGUAUUGUACCCCAUAGAGAAGCUUCUACUGUAUAGAAGAUGAAAGUGAGAAGGUCUCACUCAAUCUCAUUUGGGCUAUAGGCAAUUCUUAAAAGUGAAAGUGUCGUUGCCUCUUUGGAAACCAUCCUAGAGAGGUGUUCUUUUGUAGCCUUUCGGUGCUUAAAUUCUACUUUCGUCCUCAUUAUUCUUCCUCGGCAUCAAUUGUUUUACACUGCUUCAAGAUUGCUCCACUAUAUAUAUAAUCGAUCGAUCCUCCGCUGUUGGAACAAGAUGCUCUUAGUCUAGACAAAAAGCAAGAGCUAAAGCUGCUAUUUCUGACUUUUAAUUCCCUUAAUUUCUUCUCUCUCUUCCUCUCUUUUGCUCUUUCUUGACUCCAAAUCUAUCGCAUUUAUUGCUCUCUUUUUUUUUUUUUGAAAUUUUUGCCCGCUUUCAAGAAAUGGGAAACUAGACUCACAAAAGCUCUUGCUCUACCUCAGAAGAGGUGAAUUAUCCCUAAUAUGGCUAUAGAUGUCUGCUCGGAGAUUUCAAGCGCGGGAAUCAGUCCAAGAAUCUCCUUUUCGCAUGAUCUCAACCAAACAACAGAUGCUGUUUCCAUUGAAGAUCAUUACCAUCGUAGAUUAGAUUCAUCUCUGUUGGAUUCUGAUUUCGAUUUCUGCUUUGGCAACAGCUUUGUUCAAGAAUUGUCUUCUGCUGAUGAGCUCUUCUCUAAUGGCAAGAUCCUGCCUGUCGAAAUCAAGAAACAUAUCAUUUCCUCUAAAGAUACUGAUCAGCUGAAGUCUUUGAUCUCUCAGCCUCAGCGAAACAGCUCCGAGACCACAGAGAAGAAGCAACUGAAAGAAUUCUUGUCAAUGAGUCUUGAUGCAGAUGAAAAGCCCGCAUCGAAAUCUUUUUGGCAGUUCAAGAGAAGCAAUAGUCUGAAUUGUGAUAGCACUAGAAGCAAAGGCCUCAUUCGAUCGCUACACUUUCUUUCAAGAAGCAACUCUACUGGGUCAGCUCCAAAUCCUCCAAAACAAGCAAUGUUAUCCAAGGAGACUCAAAAGCCUCAAUUGCAGAAACAAGCUUCUGUUCCAAGUAGAAAAUCAUCGGUACCCAGUUCUGCUGCAUUUUAUUCUUACAAUUCACAGCAGAAGCCCCCUCUGUUAAGGAAAUGUGGUUCUUAUGGAAACGGGGUCAGAAUUAGUCCUGUCUUGAAUAUACCACCACCCUACAUUUCCAGAGGAACAGUCAAUCUUUUUGGUUUAGGUUCGCUGUUUUGUAACGGUAAGGUAAAAAAGAAGAAGAGAUGACUAUUUGUUAUUUUUAGUAGUUGGUGGCUCAAGUACAGGUGUAUUCAGCUGCUAUCAUUUUGGUUCGUGGAUGAGCAUGUGAUUAAUUAUAGUCUGUAAAUUGAAAGAAAAUUCUAGCGAAGAAAUGAUUAGAUCUCAAAGAAGAAACUCGACCACUACAAGUGUUGAUCACUUCUGGGAAGUGAAAACUACAGUACCAGGGAGGAGGGGUCGUGAUUUUUUGGAUGAUGGUGACUGUUGUCGAUGCCUACCUAUCAACAUGGCAAUCGCUUUGGGAGACAGAUGAACAAGGUAUUCCUCUCUUUCAUUGCUAUCCCUAUCCAUGCUUUUCUUUCUUUUUAUCUUUUGAUUUCUUUUCUUUUUCUGGUUUUUAGUAGCUUAAUCGAUUAAUUGUGGCUCUCUUUUGUUCUUUUGUUCUUUUGAACUUGAUUUGAGGCCUCGUUUGUCCUUUUCUUUCGUACAUAAUUUAAUAAAGAAGAUGGUUCAAUUUGACCA